GGGGAACCGGAGCGGUAAGGAGGGAGCGGGGUGCGCCGAGGGCACUUCGCCGCCUUGUGGGGCGGGACGAAGCACCAUGUCGGGGGCGGCGAGGACGGCGGUCUGCCUGCUGCGCUGCGACCUGCGCGUCCACGAUAACCAGGUGCUGCACUGGGCUCAGAGCAACGCAGAUUUCGUUAUUCCCCUCUACUGCUUCGACCCGCGGCAUUACCUGCGCACCCACUGCUACGGCUUCCCAAAGACAGGGCCCCAUCGGCUUCGGUUUUUGCUGGAAAGUGUGAAGGAUCUAAGGGAAACGCUCAAGAAAAAAGGAAGUACCCUGGUUGUGAGGAAGGGGAAGCCAGAAGAUGUGGUCAGUGAUCUGAUUACUCAGCUGGGUUCUGUCAGUGCUGUGGCUUUCCAUGAAGAGGCCACACAGGAGGAACUGGAUGUGGAGAAGGGGCUGUGCCAGGUGUGUAGUCAACACGGGGUGAAGGUUCACACGUUCUGGGCUUCCACGCUGUACCAUCGGGAUGACCUUCCCUUCAGGCCUAUUGCCAGGUUGCCUGAUGUCUACACCCAUUUCCGAAGAGCGGUGGAAUCUGAGGCAAAGGUGCGGCCGACCCUGCGGAUGGCAGAUCAGCUAAAGCCUCUGGCUCCAGGGGUGGAAGAAGGGUGCAUCCCUACAAUGGAGGAGCUGGGACAGAAGGAUCCUGUGACUGAGCCACGGACAGCCUUCCCCUGCAGCGGAGGAGAGACCCAGGCUUUAAUGAGGCUGCAGUAUUAUCUCUGGGACACGAACUUGGUUGCAUCCUACAAGGAGACUCGGAAUGGACUGGUGGGAAUGGAUUACUCAACCAAAUUUGCACCCUGGCUGGCGCUGGGCUGCAUCUCACCUCGAUAUAUCUAUGAGCAGAUCCAGAAGUAUGAAAAAGAGAGGACAGCAAAUCAGAGCACAUACUGGGUCCUGUUCGAACUGCUGUGGAGGGAUUACUUCCGAUUUGUGGCCCUGAAGUACGGCACGAGGAUUUUCUCGUUAAGAGGGCUUCAAAAUAAAGAGAUGCCCUGGAAGAAGGAUCUUCGGCUCUUUGACUGUUGGAAAGAUGGCAGAACAGGGGUUCCUUUUGUGGAUGCCAACAUGCGGGAGCUGGCUGCCACCGGCUUCAUGUCUAACAGAGGGAGGCAGAAUGUCGCCAGCUUUCUCACCAAGGACUUGGGGCUGGACUGGAGGAUGGGGGCAGAAUGGUUUGAGUACCUGCUGGUGGAUUAUGAUGUUUGUAGCAAUUACGGCAACUGGUUGUACAGCGCCGGUCUCGGCAACGACCCCCGGGACAGCAGGAAGUUUAACAUGGUUAAACAAGGCCUGGACUAUGAUGGCAGUGGGGAUUAUGUCCGACUGUGGGUCCCAGAGCUACAGGGCAUAAAGGGAGCAGAUAUCCACACCCCUUGGGUACUGAGCAGUGCUGCUCUCUCCCAGGCAGGAGUGACUCUUGGUGAGACCUACCCAGAGCCAGUAGUAACAGCCCCAGAGUGGAGCCGACACAUCAGCCAGAGGCUUCAGGGAAGAGGUCCUCAUCCCAGGAGCAGGAGAGGACCUACACACAUGCCAGCACAGCACAAGGACAGAGGGAUAGAUUUUUACUUCUCUCGCAAGAAAGAUGCAAGAUGAGGGCUGUCCAGGUACCUGCUGGGGAAGUGCUCAGUGGGAGGUUAAUUGCCUCGAACCAAGCCAAGGACAGAAGCUUGGACACAGUACCCAGGGAUCUACCCAUUCAGUGUUCCCAGGAGCACGAGCUGGAAGUUGUGUAUCCGCGCUGACUGUGGUGAUGGGAUCUUGUGCUGAGGGUGGUCCACCUGGGAGUGCCAAGGGUCUGACUCACAUGGACAGUGUAUGACUGAGCUCCAGAAGUCCUUUGGCUGGAAGGGGCUAACUGAUAGUAAUUAACCAAAAUGGGGGAGGUGUGGCUCCUUUUGCAGUGCCUUGUGCUUCGCACCGGUGCUUACAGUUGUCACAGCUUGGUUUCUUACUCUCUUUAUGACUGGAGCAGAUGGUUGAUACGGCAGGUGUUCGGUCAGAACUCUUUCUAGUGAACUUUCUUAUGCUAAUAUUUCAUGGUUUAAAGCUUUACAACUACCAAUUGUGCAAUUAAAAGUUUUGCUGCUGGAAUAUUUUAUCUUCCUGAUUUCCUCAGAGAUCUAAGGACAAAGUGAGA